CAAAGGCCCAAAUUUAAUAGGACACUGUUUAUUCAGACAAUCCAGCACAAAAUUAUUAUAACAAUCAUAGUGGCAAAUUAAAGCGUGUAAUGAUGCAUCUACCAAAUGCUAAAUUGCUAAUGGUGGGAUAUUCCAGAUAACACUAGAAUGAUUCAGACAGGCCAAGCCUCCCAAGGUUUUCCAUCUCACCAGCAGGUGGGACCCACCCCCGUUUUGCUCCCAGCCAAUGGCGUCGCGAGGCGCGAGAUAAGGCUGCAAACCUGGAGCACACACUCGCCUCCUUCCAUCGCUGAUGCAGAUAAGCCGCGAUCGCAUCCACCGUUCUAGAAACGCAGCGACAUUGCACUCACCAUCUCAGAAAUUGCAUCCAACAGCAGCUGCCAUAGUUGCAAGUGAGCUAGAGCUCAGAGAAGAGGAGGAAGAAGAAGGCGUCAAUGGCGACCACCAUAGCUGCGAUGGCCAUGCUUAAGCCGUCCAAGAUCGUGGCGCGGUCAUCGCCGGCGCCGUCGGGGAGCGGCAGGGUGCCUAGCAUCUCGCUCAAGAGCCUGGCCAAGAAGGGCAUGUCGGUGUCGUCGUCGUCGGCGGCGGCGGCGCCCGUGGCGGCGGCGGCGAUGGCGGGCGCGUUCUUCUCGGCGCUGGCGUCGACGGACGCGGCGCUCGCGGCGCAGCAGAUCGCGGACGUCGCCGCGGCGGCGGCGGGUGCCGACGACAACCGCGGGCUGGCGUUGCUGCUGCCGAUCGCGCCGGCCAUCGCGUGGGUGCUCUACAACAUCCUCCAGCCGGCGCUGAACCAGCUGAACCGCAUGCGGUCGGAGCAGGUGCUCGUCGCCGGGCUCGGCCUGGGCGCGGCGGCGGGUGCCGGGCUCGCGUUCCCGCCCGAGGCGUCGGCGGCGCAGGAGGUGGCGAGGCUGGCGGCGGAGGCGGCGGCGGCGGAGGGCGGCGACAACCGCGGCCUGCUGCUGCUGUUCGUGGUGGCGCCGGCGAUCGCCUGGGUUCUCUACAACAUCCUGCAGCCGGCGUUGAACCAGCUAAACCGCAUGCGGUCAGACUGAGAGCUUGAGCUUGAAGAUUGCAUCCGUACAUGUGUGUACGUGGUGUGUUUUGAGGGUGGUGGAGUGGAGUGGAGUGGUAGUGACGUGGAAUGUGGUGUACUUAUGCCUUAAUUAAUCCUGUUCCUAAUCCUCUCUUCCCUUGAACAAAAAUUCAGUACAGCUCUUCUUCUUAUUUGAAUUCAUCUAGUUAAUUUAUUUGUCUUA